AUGCGGCAUGAAAGCGCCUUUACGCUGGUGCAGCCCGUGAAGACGUUCAUUGCGGAGAACUCCCACCCGAUCCACAAUCCACAGGAUGCGGUGCCCGUUGUGCACGACUUUCUCGAUUCUCUUCACGACGACAUUCAGCGCCACGAACUCUGGAAGGCGCCGCGAGACAAAGCAAUUUGCAUUUUGAAUUGCGUCAAGCUGAUCAUGUCCGUGCUUGAAAUGACGUCAUCAGAGACGGGUGCGGAUGCCUUUAUUCCGCUGUUGACAUAUGUCAUCUUGCAAGCCCAGCCGCCAAAUCUCAUCAGCAACCUCAAAUAUAUCGAAAGCACCCCUCGGCCGUUUGUCAGGUUUCGGUCACCUGUGAAGCUGCGGGGCGAAAUGGCGUACUAUCUCACCAACAUGAUGGUGUGCAUGGAGUUUAUCAAGACGGCAGACGCGAGCCGCUUCAACAUCGAUGCAGAUGAGUUUGAGGAGCAGUUAACGCGACAGCUGGAAGAGAUGCACCCGACACCGGCCAAGCCACGAAUGGAGAAGCCAACGCGUCCGCCACCGCCGCCACCACGGGGGGUGACAGUGAAGACGAUAUCAGCAGCUGAUGGCGGUGGUGACACUGAUGGCGGUGAUGAUACCCGAGAUCGGACAGACACCAUCACCCCUGCAGCCAGGGUGAGCCGCACGCGCACACACGCAUUCCACCUGCUGCUGCUGCUGUCGUAA